AAAACCAUCAUUCGCUUGUGAUCGAUUCAUUUGAUCAGACGCUUCACCACUGGUUUAACUUGUUCGUCGGUAGCAUCCAACAUGAAGGCGUUCGUUGUGUUGUCUAUGGCUUUGGCCGUUGCUUCCUGUGCGGCAGUUGACGAUUCCUCCAGCAAGAAGGACAAACGUGGCCUGUGGGAACUGGGCUAUGGUGAUCACGAUUUGCACGGAUAUGAUGAUCAUCAUCACGAUCAUCAUGAAGUGAAGCAUCUGCACACCACCAUCACCAAGAAGGUCCCAGUUCCGUAUCCAGUUGAGGUUGAGAAGCACGUGCCAGUCCAUGUGAAGGUUCCAUACCCAGUUGAGGUUGAGAAGAAGGUCCCGGUCUACGUCGAAAAGAAGGUUCCAGUGUACGUUGAGAAGAAGGUCCCAGUCCACGUUGAUCGUCCCGUCCCAUACCCAGUCGAGGUGAAGGUCCCAGUUGUCCACAAGGAAUAUGUCGAAGUGCCAAAACCAUACGCAGUUCAUGUUGAGAAGCCCGUUCCAGUGGUCGUUCACAAGCCAGUGUAUGUUGAAAAACAUGUCCCAAUAACCGUUACCAUCAAGAAGCACGAGAAGAAACACUGGUUCUAAACGCGCUUGAGUUGAAUAAACGGAUUCUAUACU